AUGUCGGACAUCAACAGGCGGCUUGACUCGAUCUCGCGGCCAUCCAAAUCGAGCCACAAGCUCAAAUUCCGGCCGAAAGUCGUGGCUAGGAAGCCGAAAUCGGAGCGUGAUUCACAUAUUACAACUCCAGGCAUUAACAGGAAGGCUUUGCGUGCCCACCAGCAGAAAAGGCGGUUCAUGCCGAACAAAGGGCGCUCAAACAAGAAGUACAGGGACACAACAAUCGUUUCAGCAGGUCCGUUGAGUGCGGGAGCAGUUUCUAUGGGUUCUGUUGGCAGUUCAAGUAUGAGAUCGAAGUCGAUAUCUCCAGUUUCAGAUCUCGUUGCAAAACUUCGGCAGAGAGACGACAAGAGCAAGCUGAAAAUGGAGAUGAAGAGCGAUAGUGUGGCUCUAGGGGGCGCGGGCAUGCCGUACGGGGAUGAAGAUGAGGAAGAUGACAAUUCUGCACAGGCAAAAGAUGGUGAUUUGAAGAUAAACAUGGGUGAGGAGCUGAAAUUCAGCCCGGAGGACCUGAAAUACUUCCCAGUUCGGGCAAAGAGGGUCCAGCACAGGGAACCGGGUGAGGAGGACGAGCCCGAUAAAACAGUGAAGACGGAAUUCCGCAGAGAAACGUCUGUCAUCUCCAGUAAGGAGAAUAGCACCACCCCUGCACCAGUUAGCGAUCGUAACACUCCAGAACUUACGGCUGAUGGAGAAGAGAGCGCAAAGCAGCAGGCAGAGAGCAUUGAUGCGAUAUCUGAGGCCCAGAAGAGAUACGAGCGGGAGUCGUUAAUGGAAGAUUACAGCUCAAUAGUGAAGUUUAUGAAGAAAGUUGAGAUUGAUGACGGUGAGAAGAAGGAAGAGUCGCACUUGCUCGACACGGAGAACGCCGAGAAGGAGGAUGGUGGUGUAAAGGUGAAGACGGAGCAUGAUGGGGGCGAUCUCGAGGCAAAAGCAGAUGAUAAGACGAAAAAAGAGGUCAAGCAAGAGCAGAAGCCUCUGCCGGGAUGCAUGUUUGUGCAAUUUCCGGCACUUUUACCGGAAUUUGAGGAUGCAGGUGCGGAUUCUGGCAAGCCGAAGGUUGCUGUGAAGAUAGAAGACGGCGAAAAGAGUUCGAAACAGGAGGCUGCAUCGAGAAUUUUGAGAGAAAGAGGUGCGGAAAAGACUGAAAAGCAGAAAAAGCUUCCUAGAGGCAUAAUUGGCAAAUUGCGGUAUCACAAGUCGGGAAAGGUGAGCAUGAAGAUCGGAAAUGUGAUCUUUGAUGUUAUGAGAGGUGCUCCUGGGAAUUUCAGGCAAGAUAUUGUCGGCAUAGACAAAAACAACACUAAAUGCUAUGAUCUGGGUUCUGUUGAUGAAGUGGUGAUAGCAGCACCAAAACUAUGA